ACAAGAAUGAUGUUCAAUAGAUAAUCACGUGAACUAACUACUUUUAUUACGUCAUUCGAUAAUCGAUACAAAGAAUUAUCAAGCAUAUUUUUCCUCAUUUUCCAAAUCAACAUUGUAUAAUUGUGAAUAGUAAAAAUGUCUCCGAGAACUUUCAUUGUCAAAUUUGAUAAACUCAGUGCAACUUACAUUCCAGGAGAAAAUAUAACUGGUUGUGUAAUAAUCGUAUUGGAUGAAAGGAAAAGUGUUCGAGAUCUAAAGAUAUAUUUCAAAGGAGAAUCACGAGUCCAUUGGACGACAUCGCGAAGCGAACGAAAUUCACAAGGUAAAAGAGUUACAAGAACAGUACACCACACCGCUACGGAAAAAUAUUUCAGUAUUGAACAAUCUCUGUUAAGAAAAUCAACAGAGGAGGACAGAGUCGAACUUCCGGAAGGAGAAAGCAUAUAUUAUUUUUCUUUUCAAUUACCAACAAACAUACCGUGUAGUUUCGAACACAAAGUAGGAUACAUUCGUUAUACGGCAAAAGCAAUCGUCGAUAUCCCAUGGAAUUUCGAUUGGUGGACUAAAUCUGCAUUCACAGUCGUAACGGGACUUGAUUUGAACCCCCUUUCGCAUCAAUGCUUAGGAAUAGACGAUGAGUCGUCAAAGGAUUUUUAUUGUUUAUGCUUUAAUAGAGGUUCGUUACGUGUUCGAGUAAGAGUUCCAAGUUCAGGAUACGUUCCGGGACAAUACAUAAUGACUGAAGUAUUUUCUAAUAUGAAAUCGGAGAAAGUUCAUGUAACGAAAAUUUCCGCGAAAUUAGAAGAAGAACUUAUCUUCCACGCGCACGGCUCAACAAAAAAAGAUUUAAUCGUAAUACAAAGGGAUCAAGACGAAGGACCAAUUAAAGCGAUUCAUCAAUCGAAUCUUAAACUAUAUGUCCCAUCUCUUCCACCAUCUAAUUUAGAAUAUUGUGGUAUUAUUGAAUUAAAAUAUCAACUGCGGGUGAACGUUCAUGUUAGUGGCAUGCACAUUAAAGUCGAUAGAAAAUACCCAAUUUUAAUCGGAACGCUACCUUUAUUUUCUCCAACAUGGACACCAUUACCUUCAACAAAUAAUACUAAUCCAACAGCCCCAAUUAUUGAUGAAGAACCAUCUUUCAAUGAGCCUCGAUCACCAAAUCCUCCAGUAGGAUGGAACAUGCCACCGCCUUCUUACGAAGAAUGUAUGCAAAAGGCUGAUAAUAUCAAAGACGAAGAUGAUUCGAAUUCCGUUUAUGGUGCUGAUCUACCAUUUGCACCAAGAUAUCCAGUUUUCAAUUUUAUUGUUCCUGGAACAUCAAAGUAAAUUCACGUUGAUAUACUGAAUACAUCGAUCAAAGUACAAAACUUAUCUUAUAUAAUUACUUUUUAGCACUUGAUUGUUUUUAAUAUCUAUACAUAGAUAUUUCUAAGAUAUAAAAUAGAUCUUUUCUUUUAUUUUUUUCUAUAGUUGCUGUGUAUACUUAAAACUUAAUUUAAAAACGCUUAUUAUACACGUGUAUUAAAACUAUACAGAUCAUGAAAGCAAUUUUUAACAUUAGCGAGUAAAACAAGAGAAAUUUAUUUAUAAUAAGAUAUGUAUAUCAAGACGACUGUCACACCUGAAAAAAAUUUAAUAGAAAUAAUUUCAUCCACCUAAAAAUCCUUCAUCAUAGUUUUUGCCUCGAGGAACCACUUGAAGAUUUGAAUACACGAAAAACAAAGAAAUAGGACAUAAAGAUGUAAUGAAUGCAUCGACUGCAAGACUUUUUAUUAAUCGCUACAGUUGUUUGCCUGUAAAUAAAAAAAAGUAUUGUAAACUUAUAAAAUUUAUUUAAAAACCAA